GAGCCUCUUCGGACCGCAGACCGACGGAAAGACUACGGAGCCCGGACAGCGGAGGCUGAGCGCGGCCUCCUGCGGCGGAGAGUGGACCCGGACCGAGACGAUGAAUUAACUGAGAAAAGAUAAGAAGAAAAGCCCAGAGGAUACUUUAACGGAACGGGAGAAUAUAAAGAACAACACAAGGUAAAAUUUUAAAGAAAAGAAGAAAACUUAGCUCCGACCUCCGACUACCUGCUGGAACACCCGCAUUCUGUCCGACUGGAGACCGUCAGACCUCCGCCGCGACUCUACGGUGAUGAAGCUCUGACCUGCUUCUCAUUUCCCAUGGAGCCGAGCGCAGACGCUGUCAUUCCAUGGAGUCUGCAGCCAGGGUUCUGGACCCUCGGAUCCAGUGAGACACCGGAGGAGCACAUAUUGUGAUCUCGCCUCCUCCCGCGCCUCUUCCUCGCUCCCCCUCGGACUCCUGCUGCAGGUCGUGCGCUCGUCUUCGGACCAAUCGGAAGCGGCCCUCAGCCCGAGGGGCCCGCCGGGCCGCUGCAGGAUGGCGGCCGUCUGCUGGUGUUGGGUGGUGACGGCGCUGGUUCUGCUGCUGACCCCCGGAGCUGAAGCUGCAGGUCAGAACCCGGACCACGUCCUGCAGGGUACUGGGGUUAAACCCGAGGCCCGCAGGCCUGGAGAGGACUCCACCAUCGCCCCCGAGGACCUCCCCCGAUUCCUCAGCUGCUACUGCUCUGGACACUGUCCUGACGAGACCACCAACAACACCUGCCAGACCAAUGGUCAGUGCUUCGCCAUCAUCGAGGAGGACGAGCUCGGAGAGGUGCAGCUCACCUCCGGCUGCAUGAAGUACGAAGGGUCACACUUCCAAUGCAAGGACUCUCCCAAUGCUCAGACGAGGAGGACCAUCGAGUGCUGCAACACAGACUUCUGCAACAGGGACCUGCAGCCCACGCUGCCCCCGCAGGAGCCCUCUGAGAGCAGCUCUCACUGGCUGGCCUUCCUCAUCUCCAUGACGGUGUGCUGCUGCACUCUGAUCUGCGUCACCGUGGUCUGUUACUUCAGGUACAAGUGGCAGAGCGAACGGCAGCGCUACCACAAAGACCUGGAGCAGGAGGUCUUCAUCCCUGCGGGAGAGUCUCUCAAAGACCUGAUCCACCAGUCCCAGAGCUCAGGCAGUGGCUCAGGGCUCCCCCUGCUGGUCCAGAGGACCAUCGCUAAGCAGAUCCAGAUGGUGCGUCAGAUCGGCAAAGGAAGGUACGGCGAGGUGUGGCUGGGCCGCUGGCGAGGGGAGAAGGUGGCGGUCAAAGUGUUCUUCACCCGGGAGGAGGCCAGCUGGUUCAGGGAGACGGAGAUCUACCAGACGGUGCUGAUGAGGCACGAGAACAUCCUGGGCUUCAUCGCUGCAGACAUCAAGGGCACCGGCGCCUUCACGCAGCUCUUCCUGAUCACCGACUUCCACGAGAGCGGCUCUCUGUACGACUUCCUGAAGGUGAGCACGCUGGACGCCGCCGCCCUGCUGCGCCUGGCGUACUCGGCGGCGUGCGGCCUCUGCCACCUCCACACCGAGAUCUACGGCACGCAGGGCAAGCCGGCCAUCGCCCACCGGGACCUGAAGAGCAAGAACAUCCUGAUCAAGAAGAACGGAUCCUGCUGCAUCGCAGACCUGGGCCUGGCCGUCAAGUUCAACAGCGACACCAACGAGGUGGACGUCCCCCUGAGCACCCGGGUGGGAACGAGACGUUACAUGGCCCCCGAAGUCCUGGACCAGAGCCUCAACAAGAACCACUUCCACGCCUACAUCAUGGCCGACAUGUACAGCUACGGCCUGGUGGUGUGGGAGAUGUCCCGGCGCUGCAUCACCGGGGGUAUGGUGGAGGACUACCAGCUGCCGUACUACGACCUGGUUCCCUCUGACCCGUCCUACGAGGACAUGCUGGAGGUGGUCUGUGUGAAAGGUCUGAGACCCACCGUGUCCAACCGCUGGAACAGUGACGAGUGUCUUCGGGCCAUGUUGAAGCUGAUGUCGGAGUGUUGGGCUCACAACCCCGCCUCCCGCCUCACCAUCCUCCGAGUGAAGAAGACACUCGCCAAGAUGGUGGAAUCACAGGACAUCAAGAUCUGACCGCCCGCACUUCGUCCUCCUCCUCCUCCUCCUCUUCGGCCUCCUCCUCCUCCUGCUCCACACGCCUUCGCCCCAUCCUCCGUCAUCUUCGUCAUCUUCAGGAGGAGGAGAUGAAGGAGGUAAAACCCGCUUCGGGGCUGAACUGUGCACCUCCUCCUCCUCCUCCUCCUGCACCUCCUCUCUGGGUUUGACGCUUUCUGUGAAAGCCGGACAACAUGAUGAAAUGACACUGGGAGGAGCUGAAAGGGGGCGGAGCUUCGGGUACUUAUCAUAAAUGAACUUUUACCUUUUUUUUUUUUUUAAGGAGCCACGCUGCUCUUUAUCCUCCUUCACCGCCUGCUCUUCCCCCUUCCCCAUCGUUUGACAAAUGCCAAGUUAUUUUGUAUGUGUUGACUCCUUCCCCCUCUUCCUCCUCCUCCUCCUCCUCCUCUUCCUCUCCCUCCCGUUUGAGAAAUGCCAAGUUAUUUUGUAUGUUGACUUCCUCCUGCCAUAUUGAAAUGUAUCUCCACUCUUCCAGUAGAGUUAAUUAUAAAGAGAAAAAAGGUACUAUUAUUAUUAUUAUUAUAACGUGAACUUUACUGUGUACAUAAGUUGUUGCCGUGGUUACCGCGUCUCCUCCGGACAGACGGGGGGACGGGGAGUCGUCACCUCAACGUGUGCCGUCCUGUUUGUCUCGUAUCGCACGUUUGAUUGACAGCUGGAAAGAGCUACCGAUUGGAGGAAUCCGCUCAGUGGGCGGGGCUUAACUGGAGCAGCGUCACGAUUUUAAAGCUCAACUGCCACCAAAAAAUAAAGACGUGGCCAAAGUCUGCCAUGUGACUUCUGUUGGGAUUUUCUCUGUAAAAGUUCCUUGAAAUGACUGCGUCGUUUGGUGGUAUAAAAAUAAAGAGUUGAAUUUUCAGCUCAAAAUGUUUGUUAAAACCUUAAUGUAGUGAAAAGUCUUCUGUAAUUGGUUCUCCUGCUUUGGCUCCGCCCACUGAGGUCCCCCUCCUCCAAUCAGAUGGUUUCUGAGCUUCAAAGUGAGAUUAACAUGUUCUUCAUUUGUUCCAGAGUAACUUCGUCAGUGAGGAAAAACCAAAGCGAAGCAAACAGGAAGUGAAGAGUUUCGACCUGCAACGUUCGUCAGAGGAAACUUAAAAAAAAAAAAAAAAAACAAUUGUUCUCAUUUAAAGACAAAUCCAUCCUGAUUUUU